GCACAAGAACCAUCAAUUGCGGACGUGUUUUUUUGGCAAAUAUUUGACGCGUUUGGACAAAAGUUUGGAACAAGUUUGGAAGAGAGCUUGAGCAAGUGAACAAUACGAUUCAAAAAAAAAAGUGCAACACAAUGGCUAAUACUCCCGAAAAGAUUCCUCUUGAGCAGCAGCAGCAGCAGCAACCGCCUGCCAAUCCGUUGUAUCCUUCCAUUGGCCAGGAUGCGGCAAACCCUUUGCUUCCACAGGCCGCCCCAACCUAUCCGGCGGCUCCAAUGACCACGGGACCACCACCUCCACCCGGUUACAUGGCGGUGCCGCAGAACGGUAUGCCGAUCAUGACACAGCCAGGCAUGCCGAUGCAACCCGUACUCGGUCAGCAGCAAGUUAUGUCUUGGAUGCCUAUGCCGCAGGGCAUACCCAACUGUCCGCCUGGCUUGGAAUACCUGACGGCAGUUGAUCAGCUGCUCGUGCAUCAGCAGGUCGAGCUGCUGGAGGCCUUCACCGGCUUCGAAAUGGCGAACAAGUACACCGUGAAGAACACCUUCGGACAGAACGUGUACUGGGCGGUGGAGGACACCAGCUGCUGUACACGCAUGUGCUGCGGCCCGGAUCGUCCGUUCGAUAUCAAGAUCCUGGACAACUAUCAGAACGAGGUGCUGCAUCUGCACCGCGAUCUGCGCUGCAAGUCCUGCUGCUUCCCGUGCUGUCUGCAGAAGCUGGAAGUGUCCUCUCCGCCGGGCACCGUGAUCGGUACGGUUGUGCAGAAGUGGAGCCUUUGCCGUCCGGUGUUUGACAUACGCGAUCGCAACAACGAAACGGUGCUGACCAUUCGGGGUCCUGUGUGCCAGUGUUCGCCUUGUGGCGAUGUGAAGUUUGCCGUAUUUUCUAAAGAUGGUACCGAGGUCGGCAAGGUGACGAAGCAGUGGACCGGGUUCGUGCAGGAACACUUUACCGAUGCAGACAACUUUGGCAUCAACUUCCCGAUGGAUUUGGACGUUAGGGUGAAGGCCACCAUGCUUGGAGCCCUAUUUUUGAUUGACUACAUGUACUUCGAGAGCGGCAAUAAUAAGAAGAUACGUCGUUAAACAUCUUUUCUUCGUGAAGAAUCGUAAUGUAACACCUUAUAUGAACGCCUUACCGUUGAAAUAUUGAAACAAAAAAACAACAAGAACCUACAAACAGACAGCAAUCUUAUGUCAUUAUGCAUUUACAGCUCAGGAUUUACAAUGAAUGCCACCUUGCAGAUGGUUUUUGCGGGACACAAUAAUAUUUCUCAGGAAAAGAAAACGAAACACAUUUUACACGUCCAUGUACACGUGAUAAACGAUUCAGGUGCCAGAAGAUGUUGAUGGGAGAUGUUACAGAAAAAAGGAGAGGAAGAUAUUUUUAUCCUACUUAAAAAGUGUUCUUAACAUGUUUGCACAAAAACAGUUCGCGCUUCUAUCUUUUUAUACAUGUAUUUUUAUGUUUGUGUCCUCGUGCUUAAUGAGCUUAGCUAUAGCAGAGCGAUGAUUUACAAAAUCAUUAUUAUCGUUAGGAAGGAGUAAUGCUGCCUAAUAUUUGAUGUAGAAUGUAAGCAAAAUGAAUACUCAAUCACCGUUCAUGUGUCAAAAAUGUCUUAAAAGGUCACUGCUUUGGUGUAUUUUGUUUAAGAAGAUUUUACGGAUGAACCAUACUGUUUAUAUUCAAAAUUGUUGUAACACUACAUUUACUUGCACUUAAAAUAUUUACCGCAUGGUGCACUAUAUCUCAACCACUUACCCGACCGUGCCAAUGGAGAAUACAAAAUCACAAGCCCCGUAUAAUCAUUUGACGAACAGAAUUAAUAUAAAACAACUGGGAAAAUGCAAGAAAG